UUUGGUCAUUCACCACACGUGUAAUUACUGCAGAAUAAACUUGGGAGAUCAGAAGGAGAUCUCCUGAGAGUCGGGCAGGAGCAGUGACUCUGUCGUGGGACUGAAGCGCUUGGAUGUUUGAUGUGUUUUGUGUCCUUUAUAGGCACACAGUUGCAUCGUCUUUGUGCAUCAAUGAGAAGUCCAAAUAUGGCUCUGUUCAAGCAACAGAAGGUGGAGGAUGUUUAUGAAAUUGGGGAAGAGCUAGGAAGUGGCCAGUUUGCGAUAGUGAAGAAAUGUCGAGAAAAGAGCACUGGUAUGGAAUACGCUGCUAAGUUCAUUAAAAAACGUCAGAGUCGGGCCAGCCGUCGUGGAGUGAGACGAGAGGAAAUUGAACGGGAGGUUUCUAUUCUGCAGCAGAUUCUGCACGCCAACAUAAUCAAGUUGCAUGACAUCUAUGAAAACAAGACUGAUGUGGUCCUCAUCCUUGAGCUGGUUUCUGGAGGAGAACUUUUUGACUUCCUGGCACAGAAGGAGUCUUUGUGUGAAGAGGAAGCAACCAGAUUCAUCAAGCAGAUUUUGGAUGGUGUGAAUUACCUUCACUCUAAAAAAAUUGCUCACUUUGAUUUAAAGCCUGAAAACAUUAUGCUACUAGACAACAAUAUCCCUAUUCCACACAUCAAACUCAUUGACUUUGGCCUGGCUCACAAAAUAGAAGAUGGAGUUGAAUUUAAAAACAUUUUUGGAACUCCAGAAUUUGUAGCUCCAGAAAUAGUAAACUACGAACCGCUUGGACUAGCGGCAGAUAUGUGGAGCAUAGGAGUCAUCACCUACAUACUGCUUAGUGGUGCAUCGCCUUUCCUUGGAGAAACUAAACAAGAAACGCUUGCCAAUAUCACAGCUGUGAAUUAUGAAUUUGAUGAAGAAUUUUUCAGCAAUACCAGCGAACUGGCAAAAGAUUUUAUUCGGAAGCUCCUGGUGAAAGAUACACGGAAACGGCUUACAAUUCAGGAAGCUCUGUCCCAUCCGUGGAUAACGAUGAAAGAAGAAACCAAAGUCCAAGAAAACAAGAGGGUUGAGAACACACAGCUGAAGACAAAACGCCUGCGAGAGUACACCAUAAAGUGCCACUCUAGUAUGCCUCCCAAUAAUACCUACAUCAACUUUGAGCGCUUUGCCCGGGUAGUAGAAGACAUAUCACUUACAGAACGGGGUUUCAGCACUUUGGCUGCAUCCCAUGAUUCCUUGCAGGAGGACAUUGACGCUCUGGUUUCCAUUUAUAAUGAGAAAGAAGCUUGGUAUAAAGAAGAGAAUGAAAGUGUAAGGCACAAGCUGUCUCAGCUGAAGUAUGAAUACCGUAAAAUUGAAUCCUUGAAAAGACAUCUACAAGAAGAUAUCAAGACUGUAGGUGCUAGUCUUACAGGCAUGACGGGGAAAUAUGCUGAUCUGCAGAGUCACUAUGAAUCUCUCAGUCAAGAACUUUCAGACGAACUCAAGUGGAUACAGGAUUUAAUGAACAGUUUUCAGCUGGAGAAUGAAGCCUGUGUGAAUGGGAACUUUGACUCGGUUUUCAACAAAGAUACUAAUGAAUCGCUAAUGGAGCUGUUAAAUAGAUCUCGCUAUGAAGAAUUCCUUACAGGGUUGAAUCUUGAUGUAGCAGAAUCACAUCAAUAAUGUUGUAGAUCAGGCUAGGUGCAGGGUUUGCUGCCUGUUUCAAUGUACAGCUGCUUAAAAAAUUUCAGAGUCUACAUAAAGAUAUUGCCUAGAACUGAAACAGCUGUUCUGGUGUAUUGCACGAGGUGCUGACCAAACCGUGUACUCCCAGUGGUUUGUAGUGUUGCAGUUGUUUCCCCAGGUUCCGUGUUUGAACUUGCUGCUGAGAUAAUGUAGUUCCUGUAUGGACACAUCUAACCCUACUGUCUUUUGCAUUGCCUGUAUCAUACUUCAACUAUUACAGUUCCUGAAGAUCCUAAAUAGCCUGGAAUAAAGGAUAGGUCCAUCUAUACUUUCUAGAAGCUGGCUGCCUGGAAACUAAUAAAGAUGUCAUGAAAGCAUCUUUGGAUGAAGGGAACAGUUGUGUAGACCUGCUGCAGGCAGUUCUGUAGAUCAUAGGAGAGAAAUAUUUGAAAACAUUGAAUCUGUCCUGUAAAACAAAGUAAAUGGUGAAGUAAUUUAACAUUUAGCUGGUGUUGUGGAAAUUAUCUUUGAAAUGGCUCCUGAUGAAGAAAAGUUAUGAUUUUCUUUUUAGGCCACUUAUGCAGGGUAAAAUCUUUCACCAUCAAAAGUAUUAGCUGUUGAUUAAUCCUUUAGUUUAAAAUUCAGCUAAGUUUCCUAACCUAUACCAAAGAAAUCCUAUUCCAAAGACACAAAUGGGAACUUGUAAUUAACUGAUCAAAUAACCGCGUAUGUAAUUUUACACUGCAAAUAUUAAUCUGUGAGUGAUAAGUGAUAACACAGACCUCUGAUUUGCUUUCUACAGUAAAGAAGAUGACAAAGCUACAACUAAUUUUAGCUGUGGUGUGGUAUUUGAGGCUGGUGUUCUUUCUUAAGCUUUAUAAAGUAAAACAAGCUGGUCCAAACUUGAAUCAUACCCUACUGUCUUGUAUUUCGAAGAAAUAAUUUGACUAUAGUGUGUCAAUAUGCACAGAUGUACCCAUCCUCAAUUUUUGAUAGUUAUUUAUGCAGAGUGCAGUUGUUCCCUGAUGGGGCAGUGACUGAAAAAGAGAUGUUAAGCUUCUGUGCACCGAAAAGAGCUGCCAGCCUCAGUUCUGCAGCUGGUGUACAGCCCUUUUGCUUGGCUCUGGGAAUUUGCUGCAAGGUGACUGCUGUGCAGCUACAAGAAUCAGAGAGAUAAUAACCAAAGGUUCCUUAGAGCUGGAAGACCUAUGAGAUACUGCUCAAGGAAACCAGAACACAGGGGUGUUUUUAUGAGGGAGAGACUUUUAAUUCUUAAAAAGUAACUUAAAGCUUAGUGAGAGUUAAUAUCUGCAGAAAAGACUCUCGGAAAGAGGCUCUGCCUUACCUCAGCCAUGAUCUCAUACUCUCUGUUCAUGCACAUUUUCUUUAUGAACAAAAGCACUGGCACGAUGAGAAGGGACAUGAAAUGAGGCUGCUCUGUUCCUGAGCGUGUUUGAGUGAGGUUAGUGGUGUUGUGACUCGGUCCUUGAGGCUAGUGCUCUCAGGGCUGAGGGAGGUCACUGACACACCGCUUUUGAGAAGGUAUUCUGAUGAUGAAAAGAAUGACAGUCAGUGGUUUGCAGGCUGCUUUGCCAUGGAGAGGCAAUGAUUAAAAGUCUGGAGUACUGUAAAGUGAGCGAUUUUGAUUCAGCGGUGGUUCCCCUGCUGAAAGGGCGCUGGGAAAAUUUUCAUUAUGAUUGUAUAGCUGACAUUUAGUCGGUGACACUUCUUUCUGCUUCAAAUUGAUUUCUGCUCAGUGUUUUGUUGCACCGUGCUAGCCAUUUGAAGCACGAGGAAAUGGAACUUAAUGCUUAAAUGCCCCAGCUCUGCUGGUCAGGGAUUUUCUUUUCUUGGACCACCUUCUAAUUUUGGUUGGGACCUGCCAAUCUUGGACUAAUUGCAGAAGAUUGCUCACAGUGGCAGGUUAUCUUACCCUUCCUGAGAUUUUGAUAAGCAGACAGGGCUUUAUCGACCAGCUCUGUGAGAUGCAGGAAAAGGGCUACUGCCUGGUAUCAGUUUAAUAUUUGGGUUAUAGAGUGCAGCUAGUGCAUUCUGAAGUAAUUCCAUAUUUCAUAUUCAAAUAAAUUCACAUGUUCUCCAUCUUCUGAAAUGAAACAACUGCCUCAGACUUACCUAUGUACCUCUGAAGUCUCUAGAGCACAGUACAACUUUUUAUUCUUUCCUUCUGUGAUGUUUAAAUCAGCUUGAUAAAAGAAAAACCUGUAAAAUCACAGUUUGGAAAAGAUGUGCUGGAAUAAAAUAAAGAGCCACAUGCUGCAAGCUAGGAAAGGGCCCUAAUGCAUCUGUGGUUUUAACAUAGCCUUGUAAAGGGCAAAAUGUGAAAACUUUUAUCUGAAAAUGUAGAAGGUAGCACAGGACUUCACGGUGUGAUGGUGCUUCGUUUAGUACUUUCUGUUGUGAUUUCUCAUGUGUGUUGCAAAGCCCCUGAGUGGCUCUUUGCUGCAGUCCUGUUGAUGCACUGACCACAGUUCCACCCCCUUCCUGUAAAGCCUCUGCGGAACCUUUUUGCUGCUCUCCUAGUGCCUUUCAGAAAGAUGAACAUGAAUAAAGGCCAGUUGAUAGGAGCUCACUCCAGAGAAAGUGGAGAUGGUGCAGGAGUGCACUGAGAAGCACCUUAGCAACUUUACAGAGUGAAUGCAUUGCCUUAGCACCCUCUGGCAUCCCCUUAGCUACCUCCCCCUUUCUUUGGCUGCCCUUUGGCUAGAAAAGCUGUUCCCAGGCCUUUGUGGGGAGGUUAUGUUGAUCAUUGUGAAGUAGAAGGCAGAAGUAGAGGCUGGAGCAAAGUCCCUGCUGUGUGAUACGCCUUUUGUGCAGCUAGAUUUAAUUACUUUUCUUCUGUUUUACCCACGCAAAUCCACAGCUUCCCCAGUUGGCAUUCUUUUUAGCCAGCUCCAGAGCACAUGAAGAAUCUUAUGUAUUUUAUGCACUAAAGGGAGACAAGCAUUAAAAUUGCUCUCUUAUCUUCCAGCCAGUGGACAAGCAACAGGCUUUGGUUCGGAAAGCAUCUCUAGUUAACAUGGAAAACUUCAAAAGACAAUAUGCUAGAAGGCGAUGGAAGGUAUGACAGCGAGCCUUUACUGUUUCUCAUGUAUAGCUUCCCAGGCCUGAUGGGAUCAGAGGGCAAGAUAGAGCUUGAAUGUAAAAUUGUAACACGUGAUAGGUAAAUGAAACGCAGUUGGAUAUAUGUGCACAGCAUAUGCGUGGUCAAACUCAUUCUUCCCUCUCUCCGUAGCUUUCUUACCGUAUUGUCUCAUUGUGCAACCACUUGUCUCGUUCACUGGUGAAAAAGGUCCUCAUACAAGAUGAAAGCUUGAGAAACUGUGAAAGUGACAGUGAGGAUCUUUCACAAAGAAAAGCCACUCAGCAGAGGAGAAGCAGCAU